CGACUCCGCCCGGCCGCUGCUUCGUCGACCUCGACGAGGACGGUCCGUUUCUGACAGCGCGCACAGCGUCUUCUUCGAUCCAAAGACGGACCGCAAACUUUGCCAGCAUGGCGGCCUUUCUGACGCCAGAGAACAACUCGACAAAGCCAUGCCCGCUGCCUGUUCCGAAUUCGAGCAAGUCUUUUUGGCUCUCGGAACCGGACCGUAUCCUGAUAGGUCACAGGACCACUCCCGAUCUGCCCGCAGAGGCUGACGUGGUCGUGGUCGGAUGUGGGAUCACUGGCGCAAAUGCUGCUCGAUACCUAACUGAAAGUGACAAGACUCUGCGAGUCGUCGUCGUGGAAGCGCGUGAAGUUUGCUCAGGGGCUACUGGUAGAAAUGGAGGGCAUUGCCAGCCUUUAUUGUUCGACUCACCGCCCGAAGUUGCGCGAUUUGAGCUUGCGAACUGUGCUGCAGUGAGAUCGUACGUCGAAUCGAAUCGCGUCGAUUGCGAGUAUCGCUCCGUCGCUGGCUGUCGGACAUUCUGGACAGAUAUCGAAUUCGCCAAGGCUAUGGCCGCAGUAGAUGAUCUGAACCAGAACGACCCAGAAACCGCAAAGCUCGUCCGUGUGAUCACAAAUCCUAGCCAGCUUGCUAAAUGUCGGGUGAGAAACAAGUGUCCAGGCGCAACGUUGACGCAAAAUGCGGCCAGCUUGUGGCCGUACAAGUUGGUGUCUCAUAUCGUGAGAAAGCUGGUAGAAUCGAAAGCAAUAAACCUGCAAACAAACACACCUGUCGAGUCCAUGUCGCAGGCUGGCGACGGAGGCUGGGUUCUCAGCACAGCACGAGGCAGUAUCACUACCAAAAACGUUAUUCUUGCCACCAACGGAUAUACCUCGCAUCUUCUACCAGAGUUCACAUCGUUGAUUGUGCCCUGCAGAGGAACUAUGACUGCUUUGCUGCCUCCACCCCAAGAGCCUGGAAAGGAAGAGGUCUUGCCCAACAGCUAUGGGAUGAAGUGCUACUCGCCAGAUGCCACCUCGGGUAGCGAUGAUUACCUUGUACAGAGACCCUUCCACGGUAUUCCGAAUCCCCGUGGUCAUUUAAUGUUUGGCGGAGGGAAGAAUGCAGGAAAGCUGCCAGUAUUUGGCGCUGAAGCUGCUGACGAUUCGAUCGUUGAUCCUGACACGGUCGCGUACCUGAGACAAAGUCUACUGGGGAUGUUGAACCUACCUGGGAAGACAGAUGGUUUGUCGGAGCUCAAGGCAGACUACGCAUGGUCGGGAAUCAUGGGCUUCUCCAGAGAUGCGUUGCCAUGGGUUGGUCAGAUUCCUGGUCAAAGAGGCUUGUGGAUCUGCGCUGGUUACACAGGUCAUGGCAUGCCAAAUGCUAUGCUUUGUGCGAAAGCCGUUGUUGAUAUGCUUUUAGAAUCGGAGCAUGGUGGCAAUCUGUCUGAGCUGCAGAAAGCAAUGGUAGACGAUGGCAGACUUCCUCAGAGCUACAUCGUCACUGCACAACGACUGCAGGAUGCUCAACGACUGCCUACGGUACAGUUUCAAGAAGCAACAGAUUGCAUGGAGUUUAUUAAUGGAAAGUGGUCUGUAAUGACUCAUGCUCAGGCUCAUUUCUGAACGUUAACUUAAGGUUUAUAUAUCCUCAUAGCUAAGUCUUAAAAAUGUACCAAGUCCCAUGAAGACUGU